AUGAGUGUUACUCCCCAACUCAAGGAUUAUUUUGGUCAGCUUUCAAAAGUUGAAGACGAAAUAGCAGCCGUUCAACAUCAGAUUGAAGAACUGUUAGACAGACAACAGCAGCUGCAGAGCAAGAAACAUGACCUUGAAAGAGAGAUAGCCAAGAUUCAGAAAGGAGGCAGUGUUGUCUCAAAAGGUGACAAGUUUAAUGGAAAUGAUUUCCCUUGGUCUAAAAAGCUGGAUGAGCUGAGUAGAAGUGUGUUUAAGAUUGAUGAAUACCGCCCUCAUCAGUUGGAAGCGAUGAAUGCUACCCUUUCUGGCCGAGAUUUGAUUCUAAUCAUGCCAACUGGUAGUGGUAAAAGUUUGUGUUUUCAGCUGCCAGCUCUGAUUUCAAAAGGAAUCACUUUGGUUGUAUCUCCUCUGGUAUCGUUGAUGGAGGACCAACUGAUGUCAUUGGACAUGUGCGGUGUAAACGGUGCUUUACUUAAUGCAGAUAGUACGAAGGAACAUAAGAACUACGUCCACAAAUGUAUGAUCGAUCCACACUCUCAGGAUCUCAAGAUUCUCUACGUUACCCCAGAGAAGAUCGCAAAAAGUAAAAUGUUCAUGUCGAAACUGGAAAAAAUGUACAAAGCAGGAAAGUUUGCACGUAUAGUUAUUGAUGAAGUACAUUGCUGCAGUCAGUGGGGGCAUGAUUUCAGACGUGAUUACAAAGUCUUGGGAAUACUCAAACGCCAGUUUCCCGAAGUACCACUGUUAGGUCUUACAGCAACUGCCACUCAACACAUAUUAGAUGAUGUAAAAAAUCUACUUAAUGUUCCAUACUGUAUGACAAUGAGAGCAUCAUAUGAUAGACCUAAUUUAUAUUAUGAGGUCAGAAGAAAACCCAAAAAACAUGAAGAAUGCGUUGCAGAAAUAUCAAAAUUACUGAAUGGAAAGUUCAAAGGUCAAAUAGGAAUUAUUUACUGUUUCUCGCGCAAAGACUGUGAGACCAUAGCCGCUGAUUUGAGAAAAGGUGGCAUUGAAGCACUGCCAUAUCAUUCUGAUAUUGACUCCAGUAGAAGAAGUCAAAUACAUAGAGCAUGGGCUAAAGAAACCAUACAGGUUGUCGUAGCAACUAUAGCCUUUGGGAUGGGAAUCGAUAAACCAAAUGUUCGAUUUGUAAUUCAUCACACUAUGAGUAAAUCUGUUGAAAACUACUACCAAGAGAGUGGCAGAGCUGGUCGUGAUGGAUUGCCUGCUUACUGUAUCCUAUUUCUUGGCUUUGGUGAUAUCUUCCGUCAAAGUACCAUGGUUUUGACAGAAACACAGACGGCUUUAGAUAAUUUGUAUAAUAUGGUGCGAUAUUGUACAAACAUAGAAAGGUGCAGGAGAAGUUUAAUUGCAAGACACUUUGGUGAAAGCUGGGAUUUCAGUCAGUGUAGUGGGAUGUGUGAUAAUUGUAGACUUAAGAGAAAAUCUGAAGAUAGCAGCUGUGCAUUGACACAGAAUAGAGAUAUUACCGGACACUGUCAGACACUCUAUACUAUCUUGAACAAAGCGGCAUCACAAGAUAAAAAACUAACAGCAAAUAAAUUAGUUGAUAUAUGGAUGAAGAGAGGACCAUCUGCUGAACUACGAAUCAAAGAUCAGAAGGCUCCAUUUGUGACUGACGCAAGAUGUGAAGACAUUGUAUGUCAUCUGUUAUUGGAAGGAUAUUUACGGGAAGAUUAUCAUUUCACACCUUACACUACUAUAAGUUAUGUUCAACCUGGAACCAAAGAGAAACUGGUUACAUCUAUGGGGAAAAGUAUAGAAUUGACCCUCAGGACAAAAGAACAAAAGGUCUAUGACCUGCCAGAUUUAGUGUCAGAGGUGAAAGUUCAAAAGAGGUCAGUUGAUGUUAAACCAUCAGAAGCAUCAGGCUGUAUUGUGAUAUCAGACGACGAAAUGGAUUCUGGUUACCCACAAUCCUUUUUGCUCUCUAGUGUUGAAAAUGAAACUGAGAUUAUUAAAGAUGAGCAUAUCGUUUCCAUGGGAAUGGGUCAAUCUUCAAAAAGUAGCCUCGUCACUGACGAUUUGAAGAAGAAGAAGAAAAAACGGAAAGGUCUUGAAGUCAGAAAGACAGACAGCAGUCAAACAUCUAAAAGCAUCAUUACCAAGAAGGAUAAAACUAAAGUUAGAAGGAAGAGAAAAAGUUCUGAUGAAAGUGAUUUAAAUAAAUCUAAAAAACAGAAAAAUGGAGUCUCUUCCCCAUGUGGAGUGCCUAAAGAGCAGACAUGUAGUAGAUUAUCUGUGAAUACCAGUCAGGAUGAUAGAAAGUUCCUCAUAAGCCUUGUGAAUUUGUUGAAUAUUGAAGGUAUGAGUAAAUAUCAUGAAGCAGUGAUUUAG